AUGGUUCUUCGCCGGGGAUGCAAACAUCAAGGGGACACUGCGAAGAGGCGCGCCAGGCAGGAGAUGCUUUGCAGGCGUCCAGGCCUCAUGCGCAUGCUACGAACCAGCUCCAAAGACAGAAGCCUGGUAGUGUCGGAUCCGCUGUCGGCGGGACUCAGUCCCUCUGCUUUUCGCAAGUACGAGAUGGCUAUGAAGAACGCAUCGCGCAAGAACGUGAUUCCGGGCUGCGCCAGUGUUGUGCUCAAGAUGGGAGAAGUCGUGCAAGCCAGAGCGUUCGGCUUUGCAGACUUGGAGGCGCGCCGGGCAUUCCGGCUGGACACCAUCUGUCGCGUCUUCUGCGUCACCAAGACUUUUGUGACGGUGGCUUUUAUGAUGUUGGUGGAAGACGGGCUGGUGCGACCGGAAGAUCCGGUGGCCAAGUUCCUGCCAAGCUUCGCUGAUGUCCAGGUGGUCGCCUCGCGCUCCAGCGAGGAGUCUCCUCCGUCCAGGCUUUGCAAACCCAAACGGACCAUGCGAAUGCACCACUUGUUGACACACACCUCCGGGCUAUCGUAUGGCUCUGGCUUCGGCGAGGUUCCCGGCGAUGCCACAGAAGAAGGCUACGCCAAGCUUAUGGGCGAUGUAGACCGCGGACAAGUCCGGAGUCUGGCCGUCUUUGUGAAUCGCCUGGCGAAGGUUCCUUUACGAUUUCAUCCGGGCGACUCCUAUGCCUACGGCUUUUCCACCGACGUGCUGGGCCGCGUCGUGGAGAUUAUCAGUCGGAAGACCUUGGAGGAUUUCUUGCAACAGAGGAUCUUCCGACCCCUCGGCAUGGAUGACACUGGGUUUUCUGUGCCGGAGGACAAGCUUCACCGCUUGGCGGCAUGCUACGGCAACGCGAGCACCUGGGGGAGGCUCUAUGGAGACGUCGCCGGAAGGACGCCGCUUGUCUCCCGGUCCGGUCUGAUUCGACUGGACGGUGACCGUCCAGAGGACAGCGCCUGGCGCCAGGGCCAGGAAUGCAAAGUGCAGUCUGGUGGGGGGAUCAUGGGGCACCUGCAGGGUGGUUUGGUCAGCACCGUGGCCGACACCGUCCGCUUCGUGCGAAUGAUAGCAUUUCACAAUGCUAGGGCUCAUUGA